AUGAUCUGCUCAAGUGGAGGAACGAUCGUAAUAGCUAGUGGAUGCUCAUUUCCCAGAUUACCCGUCGAAAUUCGAAAUCAUCUUCCGAUCAAUGUUAGAGCUCGUCGACGAUCAUCAAUGGCGGUGGACGCGAUGGUAGUGAGAUCAAAUUACUCUCCGUUGGUUCAGUUACCCGGAGCCAGCGAUCGACUCAGUGCUGUCUUCUCCAUACGAGAGCUCAAACAGAAGAAGAGGAAGAGGAACAUAAGCUGCUGCGUUUCGCCUUUGCCGACGCCGACGACGGUGGUUGAUGAGGAAGUGGCUGUUAGACGGGGUUUGGCAAUGAGGCGGGUUUUGGAGGAUGACGGUGGCGAUGGAAGCUCCGUCAGAGAUUUCUCGCUCUUCACGACCAAGAGAGGCGACACGUUGUUCACUCAGUCAUGGACACGUGUUGGCUCCGUUAAGAACAGGGGACUUGUUGUUCUGCUACAUGGUCUGAACGAACAUAGCGGCAGGUAUAGUGACUUUGCAAAGGAGUUAAAUGUUAAUGGAUUCAAGGUCUAUGGAAUAGACUGGAUCGGUCAUGGUGGAAGCGAUGGACUUCACGCUUACGUUCCUUCUCUUGAUUAUGCUGUCACUGAUUUGAACUCGUUUCUUGAGAAGGUAAUCGCAGAAAACCCGCGAUUGCCCUGUUUCUGCAUUGGUCACUCAACAGGAGGAGCCAUCAUCUUAAAGGCUAUGCUAGAUCCAAAGAUCGAAGCUCGAGUUUCAGGGAUUGUGUUAACUUCACCCGCAGUUGGAGUCCAACCAUCUCAUCCAAUCUUCGGCGUAAUUGCGCCUUUCCUCUCGUUCCUCAUUCCAAGAUACCAGCUAAGUGCUGCGAAAAAGAAAGUAAGGGCGGUUUCUCGUGACCCGGAAGCUCUCGUGGCGAAAUACUCUGACCCAUUAGUCUACACCGGGUCUAUCCGGGCACGAACCGGUUACGAGAUCCUUAGACUCGCUGCUCAUUUGCUGGAGAAUCUGAACAGAAUCAAGGUCCCGUUUCUUGUGAUGCACGGCACAGCUGAUACGGUCACGGAUCCUAAAGGUACUCAGAGACUAUACGAUGAAGCUUCCUCGUCCGACAAGUCGAUCAAACUAUUCGAUGGGUUGUUGCAUGAUCUGCUCUUUGAACCGGAACGAGGAAUUAUCGCUGGAGUCAUACUGGAUUGGCUAAACCGGCGGGUUUAA